UGGAAACCUCCGCGCUCCCAGAGGGAGGCAGGAGGGCCCCGCCGGGGGCAGGAGCAGCAGCGGGGCUGUGGCCGAUCAGGGCUCCGAGCUCUGCUCGGGGGCUGCAGCAGCCUCGGCUCCAAUCCGAGUCCCAGCGGCGCCCCAGGAGCCGCGUUAAAGCAGGAGGGGGGGAGCUGCGGGACUUGGGUCACCGAGACACAGAGCCCGUGCUGGGCACCUACAGCUGCCACCACACAUAUUCUCCUGCCCUUCCUCCCCGUUCUUCAGGACCCUUUUGCUCCAUGGGGAACCCACCCUGCCGGUCCAGCCUUGCCCAGCUCGGAAGGGACUGGAGAAGAUGAAAGCCGAGCCCAGUUGCACAUGGGGUGGGGGAGCGCCAGGGACAGGGACAGCCCGCAGAGAGCCCCGCGGGGCCUCUUCAAACACCUCGUGUGCGCUAAUUGGCUUCAUUCGAGCAGCCAGCGAUGGCAUCAGCCGCCUUCUGCUGGGCUGGGGACAGCACUAAUGAGCCGGGGAACGGCGGCCUCGGGACGGCCCUAGAGGGGGAGAUCAGAGCCCGUACGUGCGGUGGGAGUGUGUGUGGUGUCGACUGAACAAGAGCACAAGCUUAAUUACCCUGAUUAAUUAGAGCCCGCCGCUUUUACCCAUGUCUGGAGCUGUGACCGCACCGGUGCGCGGCUCCUCGACAGCCACGGAGGUACCGCAGUCCCCCGAGGUGCCCCCCGGGCUGGACACACCCGCAAAAAGACAAGUGGUGGUCCCUGGAUCCCACCGAGAGGCUCAUUCGGAGCUCAGACCCUCCGGGGAGGUGCUCGGAGGCUGGACCCCACAGAGACGGACUGCGAGUCCCCCCGGGCAGGAGAGCGCGUUUCCGCCGCUGCUCCCCGGCCCUUUCUGUCCCUUUUUGGCCACCGUUAGCCCGGCCCACGGGGGCGGAGCCCCAGCCUACCCCGGAAGGGCCCGAGCGGGACCACGUGGUGCGGGACCACGUGUCGGCAGCGUCAUGGCGUCGGCGCCCAAGAGGUUCAAGGCGGCGGUCGAGAGCGGCGCCCAGGGGAAGAGUAGCGCCGACCCCCUCUCCGGGUUCCUGGCGUGGUGCGGGCGGGCUGGGGUGGAGCUGAACCCCAAGGUCCGCCUGAGCAGGGAGGGCGCGGUGGCGGGGUACGGGAUGCUGGCCGCCGAGGAGCUGGAGGCGGGAGAGGUGCUGUUCACCAUCCCUCGCACGGCGCUGCUGUCCCAGCACACCACCUCCAUCCACGCACUCCUGCAGGAAGCCCAGGAGUCGCUGCAGAGCCAGUCUGGUUGGGUCCCUCUCCUGCUGGCCUUGCUCCACGAGUACACAGCCAGCAGCUCCCACUGGCAGCCGUAUUUCUCCCUCUGGCAGGACUUCCGGAGCCUGGACCACCCCAUGUUCUGGCCUCAAGAAGAGCGAACAAGGCUCCUGCAGGGCACAGGCAUCCCAGAAGCUGUGGACAAGGAUCUAGCUAACAUCCAGCUGGAGUACAACUCCAUCAUCCUGCCUUUCAUGGAGACCCACCCCGACAUCUUUGACCCCAAACUGCACACUCUGGAGUUGUACAAGGAGCUGGUGGCAUUUGUCAUGGCUUACAGCUUUCAGGAACCUUUGGAGGAGGAAGAAGAGGAUGAGAAGGGGCCAAAUCCUCCCAUGAUGGUGCCUGUAGCAGAUAUUUUGAAUCAUGUGGCCAAUCACAAUGCCAACCUGGAAUACUCUCCUCAAUGUCUGAGGAUGGUAACAACACAGCCCGUGAAGAAAGGACAGGAGAUCUUCAACACGUACGGGCAGAUGGCCAACUGGCAGCUGCUGCACAUGUACGGCUUCGCAGAGCCCUACCCCGGCAACAGCCACGACACAGCCGACAUCCAGAUGGUGACACUGCGCAGGGCGGCGCUGCAGCGCGCCAAAAGUGAAGCGCAGCGGCAGCUGGUCUCAGAGCAGUGGGACUUCUUGUGCCAGCUGGAGAUGGUGGGGGAGGAAGGUGCCUUUGUGCUUGGCUGGGAUGAAGUGCUGACAGAGGAAGAGCUGUCCAUGACUCUCAAGGUGCUCUGCAUGUCAGAAGAAGAAUUCAAGGAGUAUAAGGAGCAAGAUGGCUGGGAAGACGACAGUGAUGAAGAGGAAAACUCUACCCUUUCAAAUGAGGCACUCUCCAGGCUUAAAACCCCUUGCAAGAAGCUCCUUUAUGACAGUGUGCUGCUGACCCUGGAGUCCUACGGGGCAGACCUGAAAGCAGAGCAGGACUUGCUAAACAACAAGGAGGCUUACAAGAAACUGAGUCGAAGGGAGCAGCAAGCGCUGCACGUGCGCUAUGGACAGAAGAGGAUCUUGCAUCAGCUGCUAGAGCUGGUACAAUAGAAACCCCAGUGCCCCUGGCUGGGGCUGAUCCUGAGGGAAAGGUCAGCCUCUGGCCAUCUCUUCUCCAGCAGAGAGCACAGAUGGCAAGACUGACUGCAGGUCCACUUGUCCUUCAUACAGCACAUGGAUUUUUAGCUACCUCUACAUAAAGAAGUAUCUUCACAGCACAAAGGUGGUUUUGAGUGGCCUUAUUGUACCAUGAGAGCUCUGGAGCACAAAUACCACCUUUUUCCAAAGGUUAAGAAACCCUAGCCAUCCUAAUGUCUGUUUUAGGAAGGCAGACAUACACUGCCAGAACAGCAGAGGUUUCCCUCAUUCAGCAUCAGAAGUUUAUGGCAAGACCUGCUCCGUGUCCAGAUUAAGAGGGCAGAAAUCCAGCUGGUAGCUCUUACCUUAGAGCAGUUCAGAGUAAACAUCUGGCAGGUGGACCUGCUGACAACACUAAACUCUUCACCUGUACAUAUUUUAUGUUGAACAUGUUCAAGAGUACAAGCCCAUCUAGCUGGUCUUCAUGUAGGCUCAGUAUAACAAAUAUUUCCUUUUAUUUUCACAAAAGGUAUUUCUGUGUGGGCUUGAGACUACUCUGGAGGAGCACUGUCACAGUUCCACAGCUGCUGCAGGCUGAGCAUUUGAUAUACACCCUCUGCUUGAUGCAGUUCUACCCUGAACUCACUUUGGUUUUGCAUGACAAAACACUGAUGGUUGACAGGCCAAGCUCUAUUUAAUACAAAUGAGUUUUGUUUCCCAGCCCAUGCUCUCUACUUCAACAGCGUGUGAAGCCCCAUCUGAGAGCAAGGGGAUUGCUGCUGCAGUUUUAAGUAUUGCAGACAAGCAAAACACACACUGCACUCAUGACAAAGCUCAGCUACAGCCCUGCCUGCAGUGCUUGGGGACAGGGUGGUGUAACAGUACUGAGGGGAGUUUGUUCUGGUUUCCCAGAUAGGACAAUAGUGAAUUGGAGCAGGAUCUCACACAGCUGCCACUAUCCUUCAUAGAGACAUUGUUAAAACUGGUAUUUUGGUAUCCUGUGUCUCCAAAGUAAUCAUAUUGGAAAAUAUACCUGUCAGAGGAGUAUUACAUUUUGUAUCUUGGUUAAAGUUUGGGGGUUUGGGUUAAAACUUGUAUUUUAGAUAUGCACAAACUUGGUGAUGACCAAAGCAUAUAAAAGGUUUGAACUAUAACAAGACUUAGUUAUACCUGCUGUUUGUAAUUGUUUGCCUGCAUGGGCAUUGGAAGUUCCACCUCAUUGGAGAAGGGCAUUUUGAGAACUUCACUUUUAAAAAUGUAUUUUUGGACCAUGGGGAAAGUUUGGAGAGGAUUCACUUACUAAGAAGAAAUUGAUUAUGUGGUGGCCUUUUAAUCUAUUAGAGAAUUGGGAAAAAGGCCUCAGAAUGGAUCCUGCAAUUAAUGUUACUUUGUUUCCAGGAAGGAAAAUGGGGCAAAGUGUCAGAUGUUGAUCUGUUCUUUGCAUUGCAGAAUAAUGAUAAGGCUUGGAAGGAAUGUGGGUUGAUGACAGCAGACUCUCAUGUUUUAGCACUAGAGAAAUAAAAAGGAAGUGUAAUGAAGAGAAUGAGGUGAAGAAGAGAAAGGAAAGAAAAGGGGACAAGAGAUCAGAGAAGGGAUGGUAAAUGUGGCUGAUAGCUGUGAUAGUUGGAAGGGCAGGAGGUAAUGUAAGGAAAUCAGAUUUCAACUGCUAAAUUCCCAUCUAGUAGGAGAAAUUCAAAGUAGUUACUGUAAGCAGAACAGGCACUGGAAACAAAUGCCCACAGAACCCAGGGCAGAACUCAGGGCACAGAUUAUCCUCAAAGAUGGGAGGCUCCACAAGUAGGAAGACUGCUUACUCUCAUUUGGGAUUUAGACUGAGAGGUCCACAGAAUCCCCAACAGAACUCCAUGUCACAGUAAAUUUGGGGAUUGAAAAGGUAGAAUAUCUAAUAGAGGAGCAACUAAGAUGUAAAUAAGCCUUCAGUAAACAAAGGACAUCUAUAGCUGGAGCCAUAGGAAAAAAGGAAAUAAAGCCAUUCUUCCAGCCACUCAAAUUUGGAAUUGGAAAGAGUUUUAUAAAAUUUCUGUACAUAUCCAAAUGCCCAAUGCCAUUAUUAGGAAGAGAAAUAAGUAAAUUAAAUGCAAAAAGAACCUUUGAAAAAGGACAGAUCCAAGUACAUAAACCAGAAGAAAAAGCCCUGGGGGCAUAAGUUUUUAUGUUACAGGAUCAAAAAGACCCAGAGAGGAAGAAAUACCCAUAAAAACAGAAGAUGGGGUGACUCCUCUCAUGUAGGUGACUGGUAAUCCUGCAAGAUCACAAGAAGCAAAGCUGGUAACAACCCAAUUAAAACCAGGCACGAAAUGGGUAAGAUGAAAACAACACCCUGUUAAACUGGAAGCUAGAAAAGGGCUAGAGCCAAACACUGAAAGAUUUAUUAGCUUUGGGUUGCUUCAGGAAUGGCAGUCAGUUUAAUACCCCAAUUCUACCCAUUAAGAAACCACACUCAGAUGAGUAUCAGCUAGUCCAAGAUUUAAGAGCCAUAAAGCUUGCACACAAGAUGUGCAUCAACCACAUAAAAGACACUGGUCAGUGGUUUACAUCAUUAGACUUAAAAGAUAUUCCCUUAAAAAAGAUAUCCUUUUGUAUCCCACUGGAUGCCAGAAUUCAGGAGCUGUUUGCAUUUGAAGGGGAGAAUCCUCAAACAGGGGGCUGCCAAUUAUGCUGUACUGUUUUAUCACAGGGAUUUAAGAACAGACAUACCAUUUCUGGAAAACAAUGUAGAACUGUGUGUCCUUGGGACUGGAAUGGGAGGCAUAGUAAAAAGUAUACUGAAGAAGAAAUGAGAACUGUAUCCACAGUUCCAACUUCAAAAGGCUGUUUCAGUACAGCUACUGACCUGGCAAAGAAAUGCCAUGGAAUUGUAGGACCUAGCCACAGCCUACUCCUUGACACAGAGGUGACUAAUGCCGGGAACAGAAAGAGAGAGAAUUCCCUCUGAGCUGCCAGCCACUGGCACAGCUGGCUCAGUGAUCCCUCAGAGCUGUUUCUUCCUCUAUACAGCAAAUGCAAAGCCAGGUAUGAAACCCCUUAAACCUGAGUAGAAAAUCCUGACCUCUCUGCUCACACCACAGCAGUCAACUAAAGCAGCUGGCUUUAACAAGCUGAUGUUAUGUAAAAAGAAAGAAGUGAAGCUCUAUUUCCUAGCAUCUGCUAGGUUAAAGGACCUUGCAGUAUUAACAACACUGAAGCUGCCUCCCCUUCCAACAGCUAACCACAACCUUGGGCAGAUUCCUGCUGCAAGGAGAUCACAGCAGGGUGGAAGGCACUAGAAAUUAAACUGACGGGCUGUCUACACUCCAUUAUACCUCCAGUGCAGUCUCCUGUCUGAGACAAAUUCCUGUCAGUGCAAACUCCUGUCUGAGCUUGCAACCAAGCCACUUCUAUUUUCACACAACUGCCCCUUCUGAUGCACUUCAAAGCAAGACCCUGUCCAGUCAUUACAUCUGCACACUGACCUCAUGCUAGAGAACAAACCCAGCUGCUUCCAACAGGCAGUGCCCAAAACACAUUGGAAAACUGCAGGUUUUGGAUGGGUAGAACAGGCUUUGGAAGACACCAACUGGCCAGGACAGAACUGGAGAGAAUAAGCACAGUGGCACGUGCUGCAUGUCAUGACUUUAAUGUGUAACUACAGUAUGCAUACAUACAAGAGUGGGAGAACUAAAGCCCAAGAACUAGAAAGGCUACAAAAUACAACACAUGGACCAAUACUUUACAAAACAUUGAAAAUCCUUACAAAAUGGGCUGUAUUGGUCCUUUGGGUUUUUUGUUUUGUUAAAUUUUUUCUUUUUUUUUCAUUUUUUUUAGGUUUUUUUUACAAACUUAUACUGUGUGGUCACAGGGGAGGGUGGGAAAAGGUCUAGAUUUAACCCCUCAUCUUCCAAAAUUUACAACUGUCCAAAAAAAAAAAAAA